CAGGCCGACGCCGGACAUGAGGCCGAGGCCCGGGCGGCCUCCGCGCGGGGGCGCCGAGGCCAGGGAGCGCUGCGCUGGUUCACCACCGCGGUCCUGUACGCCGCCUUCCUGGGGCUGGGAAUGAGUGUUGCCAUCCUGGGACCCACAUUUCAAGAUCUGGCAGCAAAUGUCAACAGAAACAUCAGCCGUCUUUCUCUAAUUUUUGUAGGCCGUGCCUCUGGCUACUUGUGUGGCUCUAUGGUGGGUGGAGUUCUUUUUGACUAUAUGAAUCACUUUUUGCUUUUGGGAGUGUCUCUUUUAGCCACCGCCGUGGGCCUUUACCUCAUUCCUGUGUGCAAAACCGCCACGUUACUGGUUGCCGUGAUGUCGGUCUUUGGUGCUUCCAUUGGCAUUCUGGAUACAGGUGGGAAUGUCCUCAUCUUGGCUCUUUGGGGAGACAGAGGAGCCCCACACAUGCAGGCCUUGCACUUCAGUUUUGCCUUGGGUGCCUUUCUGGCUCCCCUGCUGGCUAAGCUGGCGUGGGGUACCACGGUGCCUGCAGGAAACCACACAGAGCCCAACUGGCACCCUGGAGCCCCGAACUCGUCCUCAGAAGCCCACGCUCGCUCUCUGUUUGGAGUUCCCGACGACAUGAACUUAGUGUGGGCCUAUGCUUCCAUCGGCACCUACAUUUUAGCAGUUUCUGUCUUUCUGUUUGCUCUGUUGUGUAAGAAGAGCGCAAGGCAGACAAAAUCCACAGUAUCUGCCCAGGGGUCUCGACGAGCUCAACAUCACAAGGCCCUUCUCUGCCUCCUCUUCCUGUUCUUCUUCUUUUACGUCGGGGCUGAGGUGACAUAUGGCUCUUACAUAUUCUCCUUUGCCACCACCCACAUUGGCAUGGAAGAAAGCGAAGCGGCGGGGUUGAACUCUGUCUUCUGGGGCACCUUUGCCGCCUGCAGGGGCCUGGCCAUCUUUUUUGCCACAUGUUUACAGCCUGGAGCCAUGAUUGUGCUGAGCAACGUUGGCAGCCUGGUCUCAUCAUUAUUUCUGGUGCUUUUUGACAAGAGCCCUCUUUGUCUCUGGAUCGCAACUUCAGUGUAUGGAGCCUCGAUGGCCACCACCUUUCCCAGCGGGGUUUCCUGGAUCGAGCAGUACACGACCCUCAGCGGAAAAUCUGCCGCAUUCUUUGUAAUUGGUGCCUCCCUGGGAGAAAUGGCUAUUCCUGCAGUCAUUGGGAUUCUUCAAGGACAAUACCCGGAUUUGCCAGUAGUUCUGUACACAUGUCUGGUGUCCGCAGUGUUCACUGCUGUCUUAUUUCCUGUGAUGUAUAAACUCGCCACCUUGCCUCUGGAUCACCAGAGAACAGGAAAAAGAAAGAGUGAGGACCAGAAAGCCUUGCUUUCUAGCUCUGAGCCCAAUGACUGUGAAGAAGAGAAUGAGGGGGAGGAUGCAGAAAUCUGGAAUGGAAUGGAUUUUGAGGCAGUUGAAGUGAAUGACCCAGGGAGGCAUUCUGUAAUAGAGACAUCGAGAGAGAUUUUGAUGGGACCUACACCCAAGGUCUCCCUUCAGCUUCUCCAAAAUGCCUAGAUGGUUGUGCAUCACCAGGACAGAGGGACUAACUCUUAAAGUGGAUUGCUAACUGACUUCCUGAAGUCAUUCCUAAGCAGGCCCCUCAUCAAGCAGCAGCAGAGUUUCAGUAUGUUUUGGGGAUCAAAAUUUCUAGGUCCGCUUACAGCAAAUGCUGAAACAAUUGGAAGUGUGCCAUAAUUCCCAGAGUUUUCCAGAAACUGCUGCUCAGUCCUGUGCAGUGGCAUUGUGUUAAGAGGUGUCUGUUUGGCUGGAGGCUGGGUGGGGAGUAUUUUAUGGCCUCUGCUUUACAGAGCUUACAAAUAAGGCGUCUGUGUUUCAGGAAUGGGUCAGUGUUGUAAGGGGUCAACGCACAGGUGUGGGAUGGGUUGUCCGAGGAAAUGAUGAAGGAGCCAUGUUCUGCUAGGGAACCUGUGCAGCAGAGAUGUAUGGAGGGACACCUUUGGGAAUGGAAGAUAUUGUCUUACCCUAUAUGUAGGGUUGCAUAAAUAGUGUUCCUUUUAAAAAUAUUUUUUAUUUGUUUUAACUUUAUUUAUUUAUUUGAGAGAAAGAUGCACAGAGAGAGAGAGAGAGAG